UAGAUAUAAACUGCUAAAUACUUUUUAGCUCCCAUUUCUUGUCAUUUCAGAUUCAAAUGCGGCAUCUCAUCACAUGUAUAUAGGAAUAUGGCCAUGGGUUGUCAGCGUAGAUGCCUUGUUCUAGUCUAGCGGAUAUGAAAUACCACUGUAAACAGGAAACAUGACGUCACAGCCACUGAUUCCGAGUGAUGACUGGGAGUUGAACAUUGUUCUUUUGAAGAUAGCCAAAGAACUUGAUAGCGGGGAUUUGACUGCUAUGAAAUUCCUGUGCUCAGGCUGCAAUGGCAUACCGAAGACAGUGCUGGACCGACUGACGACUCCGGAGAAACUGUUCACCUACCUGCGUGAACGAAACAUGCUGUCACGUGACAACCUGCUGCUUCUCCAGGCCUUUCUCUGGCACGUGGGCAGAAGUGACCUCAUUGACGUCGCGGCGGAAUAUGCUGUGCAAGCAGGCGAUACUCUGUAUUUCUACGCACCAAACAGAGAACCUGAAAAUGGCUUCAAACAUGUGAAAUUUCACGUGAAUGGAAACUUAGAAAACUUUCACCGGAAGGAACUAGAAAACAUGCGUGCUAAUGUUGCGCGACUCUUGUUCGUGCCGGCCAAGUUCGUGUUUCUGUGUGGCGUGGAACCGGCCAACAGUCUAUUGCUCACCUUCAUGCUUCACGGCGCAUGCGUCGACAGACUGAAAACCGUGGUUCGAACACGAGGCGGUGACCUCAACGAACUUGGAAUAGACACGCUCUAUGUAGAUAAUGAAGUUAUUGCUGUACAAGAGCAGCAGAGUAAUGGCGAAGUGGACGGUUCCACGUCAGAGCUAAGCAGCUUAUUCCAGAAGACUGUCAAGCUGGAAUCGCUGUUGGAGGAAACCGACGUCAGACUGCUGACGACACGAGAGGAAGUGCAGCGCAUUGAAAGAAUCGCUCACAAGUUGCAGAACAAGGAGAGCUACAUCCGGGGCCUUCUGUGUGCCGCGUUAGAAAGCAAGCAGGCCUCGAGUAGGACAGACGGUGUUCUUGCCUUGGUGCAGACAGAUGAUGGCAGGAUAAUCAUAUGAGUUAUUGUGUUGUGUGCACCAAGUACUGUCAGGGUCAUGCAUAGCGGUUUACGGGGAGGAACUAGUCCCCCUCCCCCCAAAAGUAAAAGAGUCCCAUUUAGUUUAAAAGUACACGUGUACCCGUUUUGUCAAGUUAGAACCGAUUCUACAUUAUUGUGCCAACAUUCUCUUUACUGCCACCCCCCCCCCCCCCUCCCACAAACACACCCGAAAUGUUGGGUUUGGUAUGGCCCUGGGGACAUAUUUUAUCCUUUAUUAGUAAAUCGAACAAGAGCCAUUUCCCGUCAUGGUGUCCAUUCCUGGUUAACAAUGAAUGAACGAAUGAAUGAAUGAAUGUUUUACAACACCCCAGCACGAAAAAUACAUCGGCUAUUGGGUGUCAAACUAUGGUAAAUGGACCACAUCAAUACAAAAAUGCAAGAGUUAAAUAAAACACCGUGUAAAGAACACAGAUAGGUAAAAUUAAAAUUUAGAAUAAAAGUCCGUACCACGAAAAAAUCCUGGUUAAUAAUGUACAUAAUAAUUAUUGUCAUAUCCCUCUCGUUACAGUAUUACUGCAGUGUGACGCUGCCUUUAAAUCGGAGGCUGAUCGAAUGGGGCACCAGAAUGGAAUGGAAAGGAAUGAUUGUUUAACGUGCACAUUCAGAGCAAGCUGUUGUAGUGCACGCCUGUCCUGGGCACAAGUGUUGGCCUCGGCCGGCUCCUCCGUCUAGGACAGGAAAGGUGGGGGUGGGUAGGAGGGGGACCGCCUUCACUGGAAGGUGCAAGGGAGCACCAGCAAUGCGACCGUAGCCAGUAACAGGCGGGGGUGGUGGGGUGUAUGGUGCUAUGCAAUUUGGAAUGUCCCGUAGGAAUGAGAAUGGGUACGCAUUUAUGAUGAAGGCAUUUAAGCGCAAUUUUGAACGGUCGAUACAUAUAGGUUCCGAAUUUAGUAGGCCGAAGGUAGCUCGUUAAUUGGACCUAUGUGGUGCUGACAUGUCUCCCUAGGUUGCCUAUAGUGGCCCUUAAAAGGGCCUGAACUGUUCAGCUCGUAGCAUGACAACCCAGGGGAGACUCGAAGCAAUUGUGCAUUUCCGGGAGGUAAGGCCACAGGUCUUGGUGUUUUUCUUGGGUUCCAUCUCCAGUCAAUCCUUGGUUUGUCCUCUUGUUAUCCUCCUCUUCCAUCUCUCCCGUCUUAUUGCCCGAUACGCCUCCGCCGGUAUUCUUUUGUCCAGCUCCCUCUGGGUGCAUAGCAAUUGUGUACUUGGAGCCGGUUUUCUUUUGUCCGACUUCUUAUUAAGUACGGUGCUGGGCCAUUAUUUUAUUUUAUUUGUGGGCGGAUGCAUUGUAGAGAUUAUGUAGUUACGUGCGUGCUGUCUGUUUGUCGUCCCUAUUUGGUGUUAAGGUUGUUCCUAAUGUCUGGUGGUAGUGAAAUACGGAAGUGUUUUCUGCACUCGGGUCACCAUUCUUCGAGGUUAGGUCCUGUGGGGCACCAGAAGACCUGUCCCCUUUAUAUAUUUAAGUGUCUCCUUAUUAAUUUUGGGCGAGAUUUAGCUGAGUUGGUUGAGUACUCGCUUGAAGUGCUAGCGUCGCAGCAUCGAACCACCUCGAUGGAUCCAUUCAGCCGAUUGGGUUUUUCUCGUUCCAACCAGUACACCACAACUGAUCAAAGGCCGUGGU